CUAAGCUGUCGAUUAGAUAGUUAAUGGCGGUGGUCGGUGUAGGGUUGGAGAUGGAGUUGUCUUGGCUGAAAGUCUCAUGCUUGCUCUGCGUGUUUGGAUUUUUACGGGAGCUGCGACCGUCGGAGCCUUAUCAUGCCGAGAUCCUCUUGGGCGAGUGGUAUAAUGUGACACAGGAUCAGGUGAUACGUUCGGUUUAUCCCAUUGGAACCUACUCAUAUCUGGCUCUGUUGAUUGUUGUGUUUCUUGUCACCGACUUUCUCAGAUAUAAACCUUUGAUUAUUGCCAACGCAUUAACUGGCAUUGUUAUCUGGAGUGUACUUAUUUGGACAACAACGCUGUUGGGACUGCAAAUUGUUGAGGUGUUUUAUGGUUUUUAUCAGGCCACCGAAGUGGCAUAUUAUUCCUAUAUUUAUGCCAAGGUCGACAAGAAGUAUUAUCCCCGCGUUACCUCCCACACCAGGGCGGCGAUGUUUGUUGGCAAGUUGGUGGCUGGAUUAUCGGCACAGCUACUCAUAGGCCUGAAUUGGAUGAACUAUAAGCAACUACUCUACAUAUCUGCGGGCUCACAAGUCCUGGCUCUCCUGUGGUCCUUUGGACUUCCCAAUGUUAAGAAGAGCUUGUACUUCCAUAAUAAACCAGACACGGCAACUAUUGAACAUUCUUCAGUUGAAAAUGCCGACUCAUCCGUAGCCAAGCAGAAUCAAAUUGGGCCAUUGCAACUCUUGUGGUCGCACUUUCGCAGCGCCUACACAAACCCCAUGGUCCUUCAAUGGAGUCUUUGGUAUGCUAUCGGAUUGGCGGGUUAUCUGCAAGUCACAACAUACAUGCAAGUUGUUUGGAAGUCCUUUGAAAACGAGCCAACGAUUGUGUGGAAUGGGGGCGUGGAUGCCGCCCUAACGGCAUUAGCUGCUCUAUUUGCUUUACUAGCAGGCUACUUGCACGCCGGACGAUUAAAAUCACGUGCCAGUUUGUUAUCCUUGGCUGUCCUCUCGGCUCUUGAAGGUGGCUGCGUUUUAUUGGCAUCCUGGACAACGAAUAUAUAUAUUUCAUAUUUGGGCUACGUGCUUUUUGGGGCGCUUUACGGUUUUACCAUUACGGUGGCAAGUGCCGAACUUGCUAGCAGUCUGGUCGAGGAUAGCUUCGCAUUGAUCUUUGGAAUAAACACACUUGUUGCAUUGGUACUACAAACAUUGCUCACUCUUGUUGUCGUGUCUGAAAGUGGUGGCCUUAAUCUUACCACUUUUGAGCAAUUUACCGUUUACGCCUUUUAUUUUAUUAUUAUUGGCACUGUGUAUUUUAUCGCUGUUAUUGUUGAAUCAGUAUUGAACCGCUCAAAUGGCCCUAAAGCACAAGUAAUGGAAAUUGAAGAAGCCAAAAGUACAUAAAACCGUAAAAUAUUAAAAUAUAGAGUUAAACUAUCCGUGAGUUGAGUUUAAAAUCGAGUUUAAAAUAAAAUAAAAUAAAUCGACAAUGAA